AUGCUCCACCUACUCCGCCUGAAGCUCCACCUGACUCUUCGCCUCCGGAGCCCGGUGCACCGCCUUCAUUCUUACUCCCCCCCCCCCCUCCACUCGCUUGCCCUCCACUCGCUUGCCCUCCACUCGCUUGCCCUCCACUCGCUUGCCCUCCACUCACUUGCCCUCCACUCGCUUGCCCUCCACUCGCUUUCCCUCCACUCACUUGCCCUCCACUUACUUGCCCUCCGCUCGCUUGCCCUCCACUGCCGUCGGUCACUCUUCAGUCCGCUUCCCGUGUCACUUUCCCCUCUGCUUCCCGUGUCACUUCCCCCUCCGCUUCCCGUGUCACUUCCCCCUUUGGCUCCCGUGUCACUCUUUCCUCCACUUUCUGUGUCGCCCCCCCAUCCACUUCCCGGGUCACUCUUCAGUCCAUUUCCCAUGUCAAUCCCCCCUCCGCUCCCCGUGUCACUCCCCCUUCCACUUCCCAUGUCACUCCCCCCUCCGCUCUUCAUGUCACUCCCCCCACUGCUCCCCUCUCCGCUUUCCCCUCCAUUCCCCCCUCCGCUCGCCCCUCCGCUCGCCCCUCCGCUUGCCCCUCCGCUCGCCCCUCCGCUCGCCCCUUCGCCUCCCAUCCCCAUCCCCCCACCACUCCCCACUCCGCUCCCUGCUCCGCCUCCCAUCCCAAUCCCCCCCCCGCUCCCUGCUCCACUUCUUCCUGCAAUACCCGCUCCGCUACCCCCUCCGCGGAUCACAUCCCUGCCAUCCCCUGUCGACCUCCCCGAUUUUGAACCAGCGUCCAUUCCCGAACCUGUUCCCGAGCCUUCACCCAUACCUGUUCCUUUCCCCAAGCCUAAUCCUGAGCCCCUUGAGCUUCCCGCCCCCUUCCCAUUCCCCUUGCCUGUACUGCUUCCCUUUCCCAUUCCCGUACCAGCUCCCGCACCUGUCUGCGUACCGUUCCCUGUGCCUGUGCUCGUACUCACUCCCAUACCAGUCCCCUUACCUUUCCCCACUCUAGACCUGGUACCUGCUCCAGCACCUGUUCCCGUACCUUUCCCCGUGCCUGUUCCCAUACCUGUUCCCGCGCCUAUCCCCGUACCUUUCCCGGUGCCUUUCCCCAUACCUGUUCCCAUGCCUGUCCCAGUACCCUUCCCCGUGCCAGUUCCCGUACCUUUUGUCACGCCCGUCCCCGUACCUUUCCCUGUGCCAGUCCCCGUACCUUUCCCCGUGCCUGUCCCUGUACCUGCUCUACUGCGCGACCCCGUACCCUUCCCCAUGCCAGUCCCUACACCUUUCCCCGCGCCCUUCCCCGUACCUUUCCCUGUCCCGAUUUCUGGCACGAUCUUCCGCUCUCAGGUUCCUGUUCCUUUAUCUCCGCCGGUCCCUGCACCAGUCCCCGCACCCUUCCCCGCACCCUCGCCUGCGCCGACACCCGUCCCUGCACCCUUCCCUACACCGACACCCGUCCCGCGCCCUUGCCCGCGCCGCCACCCGUCCCCGCACCCUUACCUGCGCCGACACCUGUCAACGCACCCUUCCCUGCGCCCACCCCCGUCCCCGCACCCUUCCCUGCGCCGACACCCGUCCUCGCGCCUUUCCCCGCGCCGCCAACCGUCCCGCACCCUUGCCUGCGCCUACACCCGUCCUCGCACCCUUCCCUGCGCCGACACCCAUCCCCGCGCCCUUCCCCACGCCACCACCCAUCCCCGCAUCCUUACCUGCGCCAACACCCGUCCCCGCACCCUUGCCUGCGCCGACACCCGUCCCCGCACCUUUGCCUGCACCGACACCCGACCCCGCACCCUCCCCUGCGCCCACGCCCGUCCUCGCAACCUUCCCUGCGCCAACACCCAUCCCCACACCCUUCCCCGCGCCACCACCUGUAACGCAUCGCCCUCCUACCCUACGAGCGUUUCCUAG